AUGAGUUUCUCCAAGGGUUCUCCUGGCAGCCAGACGCCGGCCGAUAUAGAGGCUGGGUCUCCCGCUGGCUGCUCUGCUGAUUUUGAUGAUGGAGAAUUUUCUGCUGAUCCAUUUGAUGUUACCAGAACAAAAAAUGCUCCGGUUCAACGCCUCAGGCGCUGGAGGAGCAGGCGCCAGGGAAGUACUGGAUUGAGACAAGCGGCACUUGUGCUCAAUGCUUCUCGUCGAUUUCGUUACACCUUGGACUUAAAGAAAGAAGAAGAGAAGAAGCGAUUAUUAAGAAUUAUUAUAAUGCAUACACGGGUCAUUCAAGCUGCAUAUCUAUUCAAGAAAGCUGCGCAAAUGAAUGGACUAGGAACUAUAAAACCUGAUUCAAGCUCCAGUGGAGAAUUUUUAAUUGGACUAGAACAACUUUGUUCAAUUUCAAGAGACCGUGAUACUACGGCUCUGCGAGAAAAUGGAGGGGUUGUAGGGUUAUCAAAUUUGUUGAAAACCAAUUUAGAGAAGGGGAUUCGACGUGAUGAUGCUGACUUGGUAAAACGGAGGACUGCAUUUGGCUCCAACAACUAUCCUCGAAAGAGUGGAAGAAGUUUAUUGAUGUUUAUGUGGGAUGCUUGCAAGGAUCUGACCUUGAUUAUUUUAAUGGUAGCUGCAAUGGCUUCAUUAGCACUGGGGAUAAAAUCCGAGGGUAUCAAGGAAGGAUGGUAUGAUGGGGGAAGUAUUUCUUUUGCAGUUAUUCUUGUUAUUCUUGUUACAGCUAUAAGUGAUUAUAAACAGUCUCUUCAGUUUCGAGAUCUAAAUGAGCACAAGAGAAACAUACAUUUAGAGAAGGUUAUUCGAGAUGGUAGAAGAGUUGAGAUCUCCAUAUAUGAUGUUGUUGUUGGUGAUGUUAUACCCCUUAACAUCGGUAACCAGGUCCCUGCUGAUGGAGUUUUGAUCACUGGUCACUCUCUUGCAAUUGAUGAAUCAAGUAUGACUGGGGAGAGCAAGAUUGUCGAAAAAAAUUCUAAAGAUCCUUUUCUGAUUUCUGGAUGUAAAGUUGCAGAUGGCAGUGGAACUAUGUUGGUAACAGCUGUUGGUAUUAAUACUGAAUGGGGGCUUCUAAUGGCUAGCAUUUCAGAAGACAAUGGUGAAGAAACACCUUUGCAGGUACGCUUAAAUGGUCUCGCUACCUUAAUUGGUAUUAUUGGACUCUCUGUGGCUAUUAUUGUUCUGAUAGUGCUACUGGCCAGGUAUUUCUCAGGGCAUACUAGAAACUCAGAUGGAAGUGUUCAAUUUAUAGCGGGCAAAACAAAAGUUGGUAAUGCUAUUGAUGGAGUGAUUAAAGUAUUCACUGUUGCGGUCACCAUUGUAGUGGUUGCAGUGCCUGAAGGGCUGCCUUUAGCAGUCACCUUAACACUUGCCUACUCAAUGAAGAAAAUGAUGGCAGAUAAAGCCUUGGUAAGGAGGCUCUCUGCCUGUGAGACAAUGGGGUCAGCCACAACCAUCUGCAGUGAUAAGACUGGAACAUUGACUAUGAAUCAGAUGACUGUGGUUGAGGCUUGCAUUGGUGGGAAGAAGAUUACUCCUCCUGACGAUGCAGGACAGUUCCCUCCUUUGCUAUGCUCUUUGCUGAUUGAAGGUGUUGCACAGAACACUAAUGGAAGUGUUUAUGUCCCUGAGGGUGGUAAUGAUGUUGAGAUUUCUGGAUCACCAACCGAAAAGGCAAUUUUAGAGUGGGGAAUUAAGCUUGGGAUGCGUUUUGAUGCUCUCAGAUCAGAAUCAUCAAUUAUUCAUGUCUUCCCAUUUAAUUCAGACAAAAAACGAGGAGGAGUUGCAAUAAUGCUGCCUGACUCUAAAAUCCAUAUACAUUGGAAAGGUGCUGCUGAGAUAGUCCUAGCUAGUUGUACACGGUAUAUUGAUCUUAAUGAUCAGUGGGUGGAGAUGGAUGAAGAGAAGAUGUCAUAUUUUAAAAAUGUUAUUGAAGAUAUGGCUGCUGAUAGUCUACGCUGUGUUGCAAUUGCAUAUACAUCAUAUGAAAUGGAGAAUGUUCCAACUAGCGAAGAACUUGCUCACUGGUCAUUACCAGAGGAUGAUCUUGUUUUAUUGGCUAUUAUUGGCCUGAAGGAUCCUUGUCGACCUGGGGUCAAAGAUGCAGUGCAGCUUUGCCAAAAGGCUGGGAUUAAGGUAAAAAUGGUCACUGGUGACAAUGUUAAAACUGCAAAAGCAAUUUCUAUGGAAUGUGGAAUUCUUGGUUCAAGCUCUGAUGCUACAGAGCCAAUCAUAAUUGAAGGAAAAAGAUUUCGUGCCUUGACAGAUAAAGGGAGAGAAGAAAUUGUUGACAGCAUAUUGGUUAUGGGACGGUCAUCCCCUAAUGACAAGCUUUUGCUUGUGCAAGCGUUGAGGAGGAAGGGGCAUGUUGUGGCUGUAACUGGAGAUGGAACAAAUGAUGCUCCCGCACUACAUGAGGCCGAUAUUGGUCUUGCAAUGGGUAUCCAAGGAACGGAAGUUGCUAAAGAGAGCUCUGAUAUCAUUAUUUUGGAUGACAAUUUUGCUUCAGUUGUGAAGGUUGUCAAAUGGGGGCGGUCUGUAUAUGCAAAUAUUCAGAAAUUUAUCCAGUUUCAGCUUACUGUCAAUAUAGCAGCACUUGCUAUAAAUCUUGUUGCUGCAUUUUCCACUGGUGAAAUCCCAUUAAAUACAGUACAGCUUCUCUGGGUAAAUCUUAUCAUGGAUACUCUUGGAGCAUUAGCCUUGGCAACUGAACCACCAACUGAUUCCUUGAUGGAUCAAGAUCCAAUGGGCCGAAGAGAACCUCUUGUAUCAAAUAUUAUGUGGAGGAAUCUGCUGAUACAGGCAAUGUAUCAAGUUUCUGUCUUGCUUAUACUUAAUUUCCAAGGUGUUAAGUUACUGGGUUUGAGGGAUGAGCCCAACCGCCCUGCAACCAGAGUGAAGAAUUCUCUUAUAUUCAAUGCGUUUGUUUUUUGUCAAGUGUUUAAUGAAUUUAAUGCCCGAAAUCCAGUUGAAAUCAACAUAUUCAAGGGAGUCUCAAGAAACUACCUCUUUUUGGGGAUAGUGGGAAUAACUGUUGUGCUCCAGAUUGUCAUCAUUGAAUUUCUUGGGAAGUUCGCUAAAACAGUCAAGCUUGAUUGGAAGCUGUGGCUCAUUUCUGUUAUUAUAGCAUUUAUCAGCUGGCCUCUUGCUGUGGUUGGAAAAUGGAUACCAGUACCUGAGGCUCAACUCAGUACAUUUAUCCGAGCAUGUCUUCGAAUCUGA